GGUUGAAAGACAGUUGGUGGCGGUUCGGCCGUCCCAGUCCCUCUCCACGGUCCUAGCCCUUUCCCCAUGGCUGACGUAGAGGAGUUUCAGGUUUGCUCGCCGCCUCCGCCGCCUCCCUCUUUUCCCUCGUCUUCGGACGCGUCUUCAGCACCCUCCUCCGGCGUAAGUUCGGGUUGGCGGGCUCCGAGCCGGAACGGCGACGGAGAGGUGGACCCUCUGGAGGAAGUGGAGCUGCAGAUCGGAGACGCAGCGUUUUCAUUAACCAAACUUCUUGAAGCCACAUCUGCAGUAUCAGCUCAAGUGGAAGAGAUUGCCCUUAAAUGUACAGAAAAUGCACGCUUCCUUAAGACGUGGAGAGACCUCUUGAAAGAAGGCUAUGAUUCUCUGAAACCUGACAACUAAUUAUGACUGUAUAAUUCACCUUCUCAUAUCGAUUUGCACAUGUACUACAUAUAUAGCACAAUCUCCAGUAUUUCUGUGUAUUCAAAAUGAAAUUUUUCUUGGUUUUCUAGACUUUUGUGCAAGUAGACUAUUGAUGUGAUUUUUUUAAUGUUGACAAGUAUGUUUAUCCUUAAAUAGUUUCUGUUCUUUAAACGUUUUCAGAUUCCUUUCUGAAAGUUAUUUUUCUCAGUAGAUAAUUUUAACAGUGCCAUGGUAUGACCAGAUAAUUACUUUGGAAGAUGCUGAGAAUGCCAGAAGAGUGAAGCUGAGUUUCAUGUUACAACUUUCAAAGGACUUGAUUAAGUUUGCCAGUGUAUAUCAGUUCCCUCAGCUAAGUUCUCUGGAACAGAGAUAAGUUUUAUGACUUCUAGAACCGAGGCACCUGAAACCGUCACCUGACACUCCCAAAGUUUCGUUGAGUAAAACACUUCGCAAACAUAUUUAAAAAUUACUUUUUCUUCUUCUUCUUUUUUUUUUUAAAGCAUGAAGACAAGAUUAUUUUUGUAAAAAAUGUAUGAAUCUGAAGUUCAUUUAUGUAAAGUCUCCUUAUGGGGACUUGAGUUUUUUGUUUCUUCUUUUUUUUUUCUCUUCUGUUUUGAAAUAGGAUCUCACUAUGUAGACAAGGCUAACCUCAAACUCCUGGUACUCCUGCCUUAGCCUUCAUAAAUGCUGGGUCUACAGGUAUACACACUACCACCCUCAGCAUGGUAACUUGCAUUUUGAUAACGUUUCAGAAUAGAUGAUAAAUAAAUUUUCCCAUUGUGUGAUGUUUUUUGGAAAAGGUUUUAUUUUAGAAAAUGAAAAUAUGUCUAGAGAAAAUGUGUCCUCGGGCU